CAUUCACUGAAUUUACAAAAAUUUUAAUGAGUGUAAUUAAUGAUUUACUUAGUAUAAAUAAUAUAAAUAAUAAACUGACUUGUUAAAAAUUAAUUUAAAAUUGAGGGUAAUAUCUUGCAGUUCAGGUGCGUAUAUUAUUUCUGAUCGAAUUUCGUAUCAUCUCGUGUAAACUUACGUGUUUUAUUUAUAAAAUUUAGUCCAGACAGUAUUAGUUAACACUAAAUUGUUCAGCACUAACUUUUAUUUUUAUUGAUUUUUACAGCUCCCAUUGGUAGGCCUACAUAGCCCGGUAGCAUAAAGGAUCUCUCCAUUUUCUUUUCAAUUUUUUUUUAAUUCACCCUACAUGCCAGAUUUCAAUUUUCUGGUUUCCUGAUUUUUUACAGGCCCCAUACUUUAUACGUGAGCUAAAGGGCUUUUAAUUUUAAAGAUGUUUAAGUUAAUGAAGAAUACAUAAUACAUAUAAGUUUACAUGCGAUAAUAUGAAAUUCCACCAGAAAUAAUAUACACACCUAAACUGCAAGAUUACCAAAAUUGAGUUACUUAACUUUAAUAAAAUAACGAAGUGGCUAUUCGGACCUGGGUAUCAGAAGUGAGAGGUUGGGAUUAAAAAGUGCGUACCUGGGUCCCUUUAGACUAAAUGCUAUUCGAAUGUCAUUUGUGAUAGUUUAUUUUAGUUAAACUGAAGAAGUAAAUUUGCAAACAUAUAUCUUUCAUUUGAUACCAAACUUUGUCUUACAAACCCUACAAUAAUAUUUUUAAUAUUUUGUAAUAAAUCCAACCUCUCACUUCUGAUACCCGUGUUCGAAAAGCCGCAGCCAUAUAAUAAAGUUAGACAUUUACAGUACAUAUUUUCAAUUUUCACUUAUCAUAAUUCAUAAUAUCAUAUUCAUAUAUAUUUACUUUUACUAAGUUAACUUAUUAAUAGUUAGUCUUAGUCUCUUGAGCCUUGCCUUACCUUAAGCCAUAGCCUUAAUAAAGUACGAAGGCCCUUAGCCUUAAGUUUUUAGGCUAUGACUUAGUCUUCGGCCCAGACUUUUAAUUUUACUUAGACUAAGUAUAAGAAGUAGGACUUUCUUGAAAAAUGACAUAAACUUAUUUAGUUAUUAAUAGAUUAAAAUAGCCUACUCAGACUCAAAGUUCAAAGUAAGCACUUUAAUAGGGUUGCUCCUUUACACCCAAGACAUGUGAAGGUAUAAGUUGCAGGAAGGGACCGUUCAUAAAUAAGGUCACACAUAUAGUAUAGCCUAUAAAAUAGAGGCAUUGGGAGGAAAGAGGCUCAUACAUUUCAUUACAAUCUUUCUUCACCAGGGUUUCUUUUCUAAUUUUUUUUGACAACUGUUUUUCAUUGAAUAUUGGGAGGUGUAAAAAAAAUUGGCCAAAAUAGCAUGACAAUGGCAUAAUUUAUGGAUGUCCCCAAAUUAAUAGUUGAAAUUUACCAGAUUUAUUUUGACCCAUCAUUAUUGGAGUGGCAGUUAUUGAUUGUCAUAAAAAUAAUCAUUUUAUAUAUUUUUCCCAUACAAACCAUGUAACAGGCUAAGCUGUAUUAAUUUAACUUUUAAAAAUUACUUUUAAAUUUAAGGUUAUGAUCCACAUUUUAUAUAACCAGUUUCAGAGGGAAAGCUAGGGUUAGUGCCAACCAGGGGAGGUUUAAAUUUUGCCAGUCCUAUUCCAGUUGGCCAAAAAUAUAUAGAAAAUAGUCACCCAGGGCAGCUCGCCCCCUCCUCAUCCCCCUUUCCAGUUCUCAAACAUGAUUUAGCUAAGUAUUCUUCCCAUACACCACAGUUUGCACACAUUAAGUUUGUAGGCCUACCUAAGUAUUUAGUUCUCAUUAAAAUUGUUAGAACAUAUUAUAUUAUUACAAUUUUUAAUGAUCACAUAUUUCUCAAAAAUAUAUUUUUUCUACAGAAAGCAACUUUUAGUCUGAACGGAUGAUUAAAAGGGAGCAGAAUCUAUUCAUUUUGUCAUGACCAUCGUAGACUAUGUCUCAACUCUUGGUGAUAACCCCUACUUUGGUGCUGGAGCAGGCUUAUUUGGAAUGGGUUUGCUUGCAGCUGUUGGCCGUCGAGGCCUCCAAGGGGCUUCCAUUCUAAUGAGACGUCAUUUUAUGAUCACAAUGGAAGUAACAAGUCGUGAUAAAUGCUACCAGUGGUUGCUACAGUGGAUCACCAAAUAUGGAACUAAGACUCAACAUUUGAGUGUGGAAACUGAGUUCCAUCAAUCAGCUGCUGGUCAAGUGAAGACACGAUUUCACUUUAUGCCAAGCCCUGGGAAUCAUUAUUUUUGGCACAAAAAGAAUUUGAUUAUUGUUGAAAGAAACAGAGACAACAAGAUGGUUGAACUUUUUGAAACUGUGACUCUUACAGCUUUUGGGAGAAAUAGAGAGAUGUUCAUGAAUAUAUUAGAUGAGGCUCGGAGUUUAGCUCUUCAAAGUGCUGAAGGACAGACUGUCAUGUAUAAUGCUAUUGGACCAGAAUGGAGACCUUUAGGUUAUCCGAGGAGAAAGAGGCCUUUAAGUUCUGUUAUACUGGACAGGGGUGUUUCUGAACGUAUUUAUGAUGAUGUUCAAGAAUUUAUAAACAAUCCAAAGUGGUAUGCUGAAAGAGGAAUUCCAUAUCGUCGGGGUUAUUUAUUAUAUGGGCCUCCAGGUUGUGGUAAGAGCAGUUAUAUCAUGGCCUUGGCAGGUAAGACACUGAUUAAUAUCUAAGUAGAAAUGUCCCAAUAUUUAGCAUUAUAUUUUAUCAUCAUCCAAGCGAUGUUUAUCAUCAUUUACCUAAUUUUUAUUUUUCACCUCUAAAUUUCUUGUUUAAAUUAUAAAGCUGAUUGCUCAUAAAAUAACUUCUGAAUUCACUAUCCAUGGCUAAAGAUAGUUCCUGAAUAAUUUAAAAAUAGAUUAUGGGUAUUUAAAUAAACUUAGAACUGCAAAAGCAGUAUGUUACUUUUCCAUUUUGUUACUAGUAAAAAAAAUGUUUAAAAAAUAUUCAAUUAAUUUGAAAUAGUACUUUGAUAUUAUACUGGAUGUCUUUUUAAUUGCAAUAUUUGAUAUUAUAUAGGAUUUCUUGAAAAAACGUGGAAGUUCUUGGAACAUUAAGGCCUUUCAAUUUCAUCUGUUGCAACAUUUUAUAAAUUACAAAGGAUAACAUCCAUAACUGAGGAUUAUCUCCCAUAACUUAUCCAGAAUCCACUAUUUUUUCCCCAGGUGCGUUAGACUACAGUAUUUGUGUAAUGAACCUUAGUGACAAAGGAAUGUCUGAUGAUCGACUGACACAUCUUUUAACAAAUGCUCCAGAGCAGAGCAUUAUUCUUCUUGAAGACAUUGAUGCUGCCUUUGUCAGCAGAGAAGCAGCUAAAGAGAGUAAGUCAGUGUUCUUAUACAGAAAUAAGUGUGCUUUAUUUCACAAUCCAUAAUCUGCUACUUAAUGGAUGUUAACCAAAUCAAUUUUCUUAUAUGAUGGAAGUGCCUUUACAUUGGGUGAAUCAACAUAAAAAAGUUUGUUACUGUUAGUACAGUACUUUAUAGAAGGCAUACUGAAUCACUAUACUUUGAUACAAUAAAAUAUUAUUUACACCAUUUACAUUUUUAAAGCAUAUUUGAGUGUUGUUCAGUUAACACAAUAUUUGGCCUGUCACUUUGUCAUGAUUUCUUUCCCCUAGCCUCCAUUGCUUAUCAGGGCAUGGGCAGGCUUACGCUGUCUGGCUUACUAAACGCACUAGAUGGAGUGGCAUCAACAGAAGCAAGGAUCUUGUUCAUGACUACAAACUAUAUUGAGAGGUAGUCUGGCAUAGUUUUUUAGUGGCACCCAGGGCGGGCCGAGCUUUCUGGCCCUCCCUCCCCAAUUAACGAACAUUCAAUUUUCUAUUUUUUAAUGCAUGUUUUGUUAAUAUAGGUUUAUAUUUAGUUGUUAAAAAUAAUAUUUUUCUAACAUGGGGGUGCAUGUAUUUUAGAGUGGUCUCCCUUUGCUUAGUAUUUCAAGGGGUAUUUUGGUGUUUGUGGUUAGUAGCGAAUGGGUUAAGUUUGUUUCAAGAUUGUAAAGAAUCUUUCAACUUUUGUUGAGUAACUGUGGUGUCUAAAAAAAAAAAAAUCACUUUUGCUUUUAAAAAAGUUUUAUUGCAUGCAAAAUGAGCAGCAGUGUCAUGGUUUAAUAUUUAUCAUUUUUGAGAUCUCUGAAACAAAAUUCCUGUUGGUUCUCCAGCUUAGUCUCUUGAAAUAUUUUAAUUUAUCAAAGUUCGACAGUUUGGAUUUACCAAUUCUGAAGGCAUAUUUAGUUAUAUUGUGAUAUAUUUCAAUGUAUCAGAUUGUGCAGGAUAAAUAAAUAAUUACAUUUGAAUAAAGGAAUCUCAAUUGUAAUCAAUGUUUUAGUAGCUUCUGCAGUCAAGGACAUCAGUCUGAUAUGGUAAAGAAACUCUGCCCUCUUAUGGGAAUUUUUUUUAAAUCUUUAAAAAUUUGUUUCUCAGCUAGCAAGAGCAUUGCUACUGUUUUUGAGAUUUUUAAAAUUUGAAACUUUUUAAUUUUAUAAGAAGCAACUCAGUUUGUUCAAUUCUCUUGUUCAGGCUAGAUAAAGCUUUGAUCAGGCCUGGCCGUGUUGACUGGAAGGAGAUGAUUGGCUACACAACAGAAUAUCAGCUUCAACAAAUAUUUACAAGAUUUUACCCUGAUCAACCAGAGUCAAGGGCUCAAGAGUUCUCCUCAAAAGUGAUUUCCCUUGGUCAGCCAGUUUCUCCUGCCCAAGUUCAGGGAUUUUUUAUGUUAUACAAGAAUGAUCCUGACAUUGUUAUAGCUAAUGCUAAGGAAAUAGUCCAUUUAUGAUUUGUAUGUAAUAGUUAUAAAAAGUUAUACUGCUAUUGAAUGGAAUGAGUUGGUAAAAUUUGAAAAAGGUAAACUGGAACCAAUAAAUUUAAAACUCUCACCAUGAAACAAGAUGCUUUCAGGUAGGAAUGGCAAGUGUGUAUUUUUGGAAUUUUAAAAGUGAAUUAUAUUCCAAACCUUUGUUUGGUGGUCACACUGGGUUGUUAACAAAAUAAUUCCCAAUUUCCACAACAAUGUCUAUCUAACAGGGCUGGGUUCUUAUUUUCUAUUAAACCAUUGUUAUUUAUUUAUGGUUGGACGUUCAGACAUAAUAAAUGUAAGUCUGAGGUCCCAAGAUUUUUUUGUACAAAUACAAGCUCACAUUAAAAAGAAAAGGACUACAUUUGGAAUUGUUAAUGUAAGAAGUGUAUUUUCUUUUAAAUAAAUAAAUGAAGGGACUGCUUUCAAGCUAUGUAAAAGAAUGAAAUAGUGAAACGAGGUAUGUGGAAGCUUGAAAUAAGGUAACAGGACAAAAAACAAG